AUGAAAUUCGACAUCGUGACGUCGGGCGGACGGGCGCCGCGCCUCGGCGUCCUGCGGGCCAUCGAGCGCCGGCCGGACGUCGAGAUCGAGACGCCGCUGGCGCUGCUGCACACGCAGGGCGGGCACAUUCCGCACGUGGCGCACGAGCUGCUCAAGCUCGUCAGCGACGAGCCGCAGAUACUGCAGAUCUCGCUGGUGAGCGUGCACUGCUUCAGGGAGACCCUCGAGCACUUCCGCGGGCGCGUGCCCGACCUCCCCGGCGGCCGGGACAGCCUCACCUGCCUCACCUUGCACGAUCCCAGCAACCUCACCAAGCAGGGGCAUCACGUCAGCGACAAGGUACCCAUUUGGACGAAAUACGGAAAGGUUUUGUACAAUGCGGAAAUGUACAUGAACAUCGUGGAAAACUUCAAACCGGACAUGUACUACCUCCUAUCGGACGGCGACACGAACAAAACCAGUCCGGAAAAGCGCGUAUCCAAAGCCGUGGAAAACACGAUAAACCUCACCAGGCAGUGUUUGGAAAGGCACCGAAAAUCCGAAAUUUUAAAGAACAAAUUCGUCAUGGCCCCGAUCGCGGGCGGCUACUGCCUCAGAUCCAGAGAAAAAUCGAUCGCCGCGCUUUCCAAGGAAAUAUCGAGCGUGUCCGGAUUUCUGAUCGACGGGUUGCAUAACAACGGACCGGAAGUGGAGUUUCUACCAGUAGAAGAACUCAAAGAGGUGGUGGAGUACGUGGUGCGCAGGCUUCCCGAGGACAAGCUGGUGUCGGUGCAGGGCUGCUGGAACCCCCUGAGCGUGAUAAAGCUGGUGCGGCUCGGCGUCGACAUGUUUGACACGUCGUACUGUCGCAUCCUGACGGAGCGCUCGUCGGCGUUGACGUUCAACAUCGAAGAGAGCGACGACGAGGAGAACUACGAAAUCAACCUGAGGGACGUGAAAUUUUCCGAGGACUUCAAUCCGAUCUUCGACGGCUGUUUGUGCCUGUCCUGUACGAAGUACUCCAAGGCGUACAUUCACCAUUUGCUGACCAUGCAGGAGUUGCUGGCGCCCGUUCUGAUUAUGAUACAUAAUAUUCAUCAUUAUUUAAGGAAAGCGCGAUUGUUUGGUGCGAUUUAG